AUGUUCCGCUGCAAACUAAGCGAGAAAAAUCUCAAAGACCGGCUUGAGAGGCAGGAGAGACCGGCUAAUUGUACUACAGCCAAGCCUCCCAAGGUAAACCCGGGCAUUUGGCGUCGACUGAGAGAGCCAACUAAGAAGAGGGAUUUACAAUUUUUCAAAAUACAACAAGCCCUCACAAAAGGCAUCCUGCCAGUUGUCCGAAUCACGGACAAGCUUAUGCAGGCAAAAUCGCUUAAUGCUGAUGAAUGCCAAGACCUAAAGAAACAGGGGCUGUAGGCCAUGUCCCUCCUCACUCAUGCCUCUUAUGAAAUAAACAUGCAGCGCCGUCUUCUACUGAGACCAGAUAUUGGGAGGGAAUACUCAGCUCUCUGCUCCUCCCAAUUGCCAUUUACAGAAUUUCUCUUUGGAGAUGAUCUACAAAAGCAUUUGA